AUGUCAUGUGAUGGAUGGCGUCUCACGCUCUUAAUCUCAAUGGCCGACGUAUCUUCCGGUUUCAUUUUAAUCUGGUAUGCUCUGAAGGUCGUGUUGAGCUCGUUGAUCAGUUUAGCAUUGGAGUGGUUUGGAUGGGUGAUAUUUGUACCCGGUUCAUGGACUAGUGUGAUGACAUUAGUUGAUUUUGCCUUUGGUGUUUGUCGAGGGGGGUUUGACUUCGUAUACGAUGAAGAUUUCCCCGAGUUGGUGUUGUUGUUGUUUGUCGGAUUGAUAAACGCGUUGGACGCGUCGCGAGUUGGAGUAGUGUUCCCUAGGGUACUCUGCUCCUUCUGGCCCGAGUCCGUCGCGUCGUCGACCUCCAUGUCGGCCGGUAUCGCGUUGAAGAGUCCUUCCACAUGUCAAGGUGGUACCAGGUCAGACACCAAAGAUCAGAUUGCCAAACUCAAUACACUCUUUGCUACUUCCUCUGAUCAUCCCUCUUGGGCAUCUCAUUCACAUCAUAAUUCUACAGGGACUGCUAGAUCAUUCAAAGGGUACACAAACAGCAUCCAAAUCAAGUACAAAACCUCAUCACACUGUUACACACGGAGUACCCCAUAUCCAGAUACAACGGGAGAAAUGAAAUCAUUUGAAAGGACAUGA